GCGGUCAGGUGGCACCGCCGAGACGGAGCCGACCGAGCACGAUAAAAGUCCCGGGCCGCCGCCGCCACGGCCGCGAGGGAGCGCGGAGCCGCCGCCCGGGAGCCAUGCUCAUCACUGGACACACUCUAUGAGCCAUCCCAGCCCCAGCAGCCCAGAGCACCCGGGUGCCACUCCGUGAUUUACAGCAGGACUUUGUUACCAAGUUGACUUAGCAGUGGCAGCUCUCGCUGUCCUGCCACCACCAGGCCAGACAAUCCCUCCCUUGGCUGAAGGUCCCGUUGGCUCUCUUCCCAUAAUGGAAGCCUGAGUGCCAAGAUCCUCCAUGACCUCCAGAAGCCACAACUCCCUGCCGAGAACUCUGAUGGCUCCGCGAAUGCUCUCCGAAGGCGCCCUGGGGGGCAUCGCCCAGAUCACCCCCUCGCUGUACCUGAGCCGGGGCAGCGUCGCCUCCAACCGCCACCUGCUGCUGUCCCGGGGCAUCACCUGCAUCAUCAACGCCACCAUCGAGAUCCCCAACUUCAACUGGCCCCAGUUUGAGUACGUGAAAGUGCCUUUGGCUGACAUGCCCAACGCCCCCAUCUCCCUCUACUUCGACAGCGUGGCCGACAAGAUCCACAGCGUGGCGCGGAAGCACGGGGCCACGCUGGUGCACUGCGCCGCCGGCGUCAGCAGGUCGGCCACGCUCUGCAUCGCCUUCCUCAUGAAGUACCACAAGGUCUCCCUCUUCGAGGCCUACAACUGGGUCAAGUCACGGCGCCCCGUGAUCCGGCCCAACGUGGGCUUCUGGAGGCAGCUGAUAGACUACGAGAGGAAGCUCUUUGGGAAGACCACGGUUAAAAUGGUACAGACACCCUAUGGCAUCAUCCCAGACGUUUACGAGAGAGAGAGGAGACCCCUGAUGCCUUACUGGGGAAUUUAAAGGGACUGCAGACGGGAAGCACAACAGAAGGGACGCGCUGUUCCGAGUCGACCAGACCGGAGACGUUCCCUUCUCCUUCUACAGCCAACUUUGGUUCUUUAGCAUACAGCAGAACCUCAAUUCUCACCUCACUAACCUGCAAGGCCAACGAUUCCCUUCGAAGCAUUUUUCUCUAUGGGGAUUUCCCAUCUGCAUCUCUGAUUUAGCAAGACCAGGUCUCAUUAUAAGUUUAUUCCUUCCAUAAAGCCGCCGUCUUUUUUUUUCUUUUUUUAGUCAGUUUAUUAGGAUCCUCCAAGGAAGGGCCCAAGAGGCAUUGGGCAGAGUUGAUGACCCAAGUGCGCUUUGUGCCGCGGUAGCAGCCUGGAUAUUUUGUCAUAGCUUGUUUUGCUUCCUUGCAAAACCCUGUAGUGGCUCAGGAGCAGCACUAGCGAGGCCCUGCUCCACAGCAGCAGGUUUUCUAAGCACCAGGGAGGCAGGAAUACAGGAGCUGUGGUGCUAGUGCUGAUGUUUUCUUUAACAUCUGUAGUGACUCUCAGUAUAUAGUGUUUGAGAUCUUUAGUCAGCUCUUAAUCAUAUUCAAAGUUAGGAUAAAAAAGGGAAAAAAUAACCGGAAAAAAAAGUGAAUCAGUCCGUGUCGGCCACGAGUAAAAUAAAAAUCAAGCAAUUCAAAUCAAAUAAAUACGAGAUCCUUUUUCACUCAUUCCAUGCCAGGGCAAUAGUCCUGGAACACACUUCAACUACUGGAACAUGCUGGUGUGUUUUGUGGGUGGAAAGUCGACA